UGCACCCACAGCACGAGACGUCCUCGGCAGCCCGCAGCAGUUGGUCUGGAUGAGGGCAGAGUUCCCCCGGUGAUACUUCAACACGCUCCGUGCAGAGCGGCUUUCCACCAAAGGAUUUCGCGCGCAUUGCAACUUGGGAACUUCCAUCUCAGGAGGGUUCGGGUGGUGCAGAGAUGACCGUGACAUAAGUUUGCAUCUCCGGACCGCCGCGUUUUCUCUCGCAAGGUGAAUUCGUCCCGAUGAAGAGCAACUAGUCCAGGAAAACCGACUCACUCGGUGGACGGGGAGCCCGGACGUGGCCCCUCACCCGGACGCAGGGCACCGUGACCCGAAGGGCGGCUCGCCGGGAUGGUGCGCCUGCUGCACUGCCUGCUGCUGGGAUAUCUGACCUGGAAUCUGCGGAUCUCGGACGCGCAGGGGGAGUACUGCCACGGCUGGCUGGACGUUAACGGGAAUUAUCACGAUGGCUUCCAGUGCCCGGAGGACUUUGACACCGCGGACGCCACCGUGUGCUGCGGAACCUGCUCGCUGCGCUACUGCUGCGCGGCCGCGGACGCGCGCCUGGACCAGGGCGGCUGCACCAACGACAGGGAGGUGGACGACACGGAGUUCGCUGCGCAGCCCAUCUACGUGCCCUUCCUGAUGGUGGGGAGCAUCUUCGUCGCCUUCGUGGUGGUCGGCUCCCUGGUGGCCGUGUACUGCUGCACCUGCCUGCGGCCCAAGCAGCCGACGCAGCAGCCCAUCCGCUUCUCCCUGCGCAGCUGCCAGGGCGAGACCAUCCCCAUGUUCCUCACCUCCGCCCCCCCGAGCCUGCGCGCCCCGUCGCGUCAGUCCAGCACGGCCACCACCAGCUCCAGCUCGGCCGGAGGCGGCAGCUCCAUCCGGAGGUUCUCUCUCGGAGGUCAGGGGGGUCAGCAGCAGCAGCAGCAGCAGCACGGCUGCCUGGUGUCCGCCGCCGUGUCCUCGUCGGCCUCCAGCCCGUCGCAAACCCCUCAGACUCUGCCCCCGCCGCCGCCCCCACCCUACACAUCCCCCCCGGGGGCCGUGUCGGCAGGCGUGCAGCACCAGCACCACCACCACCAGCUGCCUUCCACCCACACCCAGCUGCAGCUCCACCAGCCCUCCCAGAGCUUCCUGCUGCCCCAGCAGUACUUCUUCCCCCUGCAGCCGGACACCUUCUCGGCGACCAAGGGCUUCGCCGACUUCGGACAGAGCUGACAUGCCCACGC